AUGUCUUCUUACAGUUGGGAGCCGACACCAUUCGGUCAGGAUAUGCGCCAGCAUUUCUACUUCGCACCAGGAUAUCGAAACUUGAAUCAUGGAUCCUUCGGAACAUCUCCUCGCGCAAUUCUCGAUCGGACAAAUGCUCUACGAGACGAAUGUGAAUCGAAUCCGUGUCCUUUUAUCAAAUAUCGCUUCCCGGAACUUCUAGAUGAGUCCCGAGCUGCGAUGAGCGAGUUUCUCGGUGUUCCUCGGUCUACCAUCGUCUUUACUUCAAACGCCACUACCGGAGUGAAUACUGUUCUUCGCAAUAUUACCUGGAACGCAGAUGGCAAGGAUGAGAUUAUUCAACUAGACAUCAUAUACGGUGCUUGUGGGAAAACCACUAGGUAUAUCUGCGAAUCGAACCAGCAACGCGUUCGCACUCGAGAAGUCGGCUUUCAAUACCCCGAGGAGAAUUCGGAAAUUGUGUCAACUUUUCAAAAAUCCAUCCAGAAAUCAAAGGAUGAAGGAUUCCGACCGCGUGUUGCAAUUUUCGACACCAUCUCGUCGAACCCGGGCAUUCGGCUACCAUUCAAAGAACUUGCUGCCAUAUGUCGCGAAGAAGAUGUUUUGAGCUUGGUAGACGCUGCACAUGGAAUCGGGCAAAUUGAUCUUAAUAUCCCAUCCAGGGAUCCGGACUUUCUCGUAACCAAUUGUCAUAAAUGGCUUUAUACCCCUCGCGGAUGCGCUGUAUUCUACGUUCCUGCGCGCAAUCAAGGGAUGAUGCGGAGUACACUACCAACAAGUCACGGCUUUGUUGUGCGUGAUACGGUGGAGCAGCAGGGAAAUAAAAAACAAGAAGAUUUCUUGCAAAAGAAGACGGAGUUUGAGACCAACUUUGAGUUUGUGGGGACAACCGACAAUAUCGCAUUCUUGACGAUUCCUGCCGCCAUCAAAUGGCGCCAGCAAGUGUGUGGAGGAGAACAAAAGAUACAGGAAUAUUGCACAACUCUUAGCAAGAAAGGUGGAGUACGAGUUGCGGAAAUAUUGGGGACUCGGAUUCUUGAGGACAACGGUCACUGCAUGACAAAUUGCUCUAUGAUCAAUAUUCUUCUCCCCUUAGAGAGACCCACUUCUGGAACAGGGAGUCUUGUCAAAUGCAAGGACAGUACUGAGACUCGCACAAUCACAGAUUGGAUGCAGUUGGCUCUGAUUGAACACUGGAAGACCUUUAUGCCUAUUUUCCCAUUUCAGGGGCGUUGGUGGGUGCGACUCAGCGGUCAGAUAUACUUGGAUGAGAGUGACUUUGAAUGGGCGGGUUGGACUCUCAAGGCUGCCCUUGAGAAUCUUGAGCAAGAGACCUUCGUUUAG